UUCAAUAUCAUAUUAAAUAAAUCAUGAAUAAAAAACAUAUAUUUGUAACAGUAGGAACUACUAAAUUCGAUAAGUUGAUAUCUGCAAUGACAAAUGAAAACAUUUUGAAUUCUUUAAUCAAAUUGGGAUAUAGUUCCAUCCAAUUUCAGACAGGAAAUGGGAAUUUUACUACAGUCUCCAAUGAAUCGAUAGAAAUUAAAUAUAAAAGUUUCUUUGAAAAUUUUGAAGACGAAAUAAAAAGAAGUGACCUGGUUAUAAGUCAUGCUGGAGCUGGAUCGUGUCUAGAAGUACUACAAUGUGGAAAACCUCUGAUUGUUGUAAUUAACGAAGAUUUAAUGGAUAAUCAUCAAUAUGAACUUGCUGAACAUUUAUCAAAGCAGGGACAUUUGUAUUAUUGUACUUGCGAAUCUCUAGAAAAAACUCUUUCGAAAGACUUGAAUAUUCUUGAGCCAUAUCCAAAAGUAGACGUGGAUACUUUUGGGAAGUAUUUAAAUGGUAUUAUGAGAUUAUGAUAUGUCGUGUAAAUUCAUACAUUUGGAAAAUAUUUUUCUAAGGUCUUUACAGUAAUAUAAUUGAAUUUAAAAGGUCAAUCCUUGAUAAUUAUUAUUACAAAUGUAGAAGAUAUUGCUUUACAUAUUAUAGUGAAAAAUGAAUGAAUAAAUGAGGUGUUGUAAAUUAUUCUCAAUAUAAGAUUUUUAUUUGAUGUAGGUAUGAUAUCAAAUUUUUUUUUCUUGUUUAUAUAUCAAAUGCAUUGAUAUAACAGAUUUGUAAGUAAAUUCAAAUGCGUGAUAAUAUUAGAAUGUGUCAUCAAACAAUAUAAGUACUUUGUAUAAGUAAUAAUACUAAUAAAAGUAAUAAUGAGUACUUUUCAUCUUUGAAAUAUUGUGAAAUGGAAAUAUUCAUUGCAAGCAAUUAAAUGAAUUGAAACCAAAAAUUGGAUCCAAUUAUAUAAGAUUAUGUUUAGAUAUAAAGGAUAGACAUGGGGGCCAUUUUCUUUUGUUAAUGUGGCUGAUGAACUCUAAUAGUUCUUAUUAUAUUAUGGUACAAAAAUUGAUUUCAAUACUGCAUUAGCAUAGUUUUAAACUCAAACUUAUUGGAACUAAUGAAGUACUUCUCAUAUUAUAAAUUACUUCACUACAAAUCGAAUUUAUUCUAGAAAAACAAUAAAUAUAGGAGUAUGGUUAGUUGAA